AAAGAUGCCGGCCAUACUUCAUCUGCUUGAUGGGGGAUAGAUUUGGCUGGAGCCAAACAGAAGUAAAAAAGGACGAAAUUCUCAAUAUGACUUAUGACUAUGCUAUAGAGAAUAAUCCAAAUCUGAAGUGGAUUGAUGAUUACAGAUACGAUACAAGUGUAACACAGCUUGAAAUUUUCCAUGGUGUUCUCAAUAAUCCAGAUGAUGUAAAAGACAAAUGUUUCUUUUAUCUCCGUGAUCCACCGUCUCAAGAUGAUGUGUCACCAGAACUAUACAAGCGUCUUGUAAGUGAAUCUGAAUGGCACAAGAAACAACAGGACUAUCUGAAGUCAUUGGUACAACAGCAUCCAAAAAUCAGUGUAAAGAAAUUCAAGCAAGCUGAUGAAGUUUCUGAACUGAUCAAGCAGGAUUUAAAAGGUUGUGUUGAUCAAGAAUUUCCAAUUGGAAGUGAGCUAACAAAGCUAGAACAACAAGGUGAAGCACAUGCAGCUUUUGCUUCACAGAGAUGUCGAGUUUACAUUGGAAAUCAGAAUUAUUUUACAGAAAUCAACAAACAUAGAAGUCAGAAUAUAUCACAACCAUUCAUUAUACUUGGAGAAUCAGGUUGUGGUAAGUCAGCUCUUGUUGCUAACUGGGCGAAACAGGUUGAAGAUGCUGAAAAAGACACAUUUAUUUUUCUUCACUUUAUUGGAAGUUCAGCUGAUAGUGCCCACUAUAUUAAAAUGAUCAGAAGAUUAUUUGAAGAGAUGAAAGUGUUCUUUAGUUUUGAUAUGCAGAUUCCGUCAUCAGAUACAAUACUAAUUCAUGAAAUAGGGAAGUGGUUGCGAAUGGCAGGAUCUCUAACAAAAUGUGUCAUAGUUUUUGAUGCUGUAAAUCAAUUGGAUGAUGGAUCAGGAGCAGGCGAAAGUACUGAACAUGAUUUGUUGUGGAUACCGUCAGAAAUUCCUCCCAAUGUUUUUCUAUUGAUAUCAACGCUUCCUGGCAGGGCAAUGAACGCCUGUAUUGAAGCUGGAUUUCCAAGUAUGAAAGUAAGUCCUCUACAAGAAUCACAGAAAAUGCAGAUUAUAACGGAUUAUUUGGAAGGCAUUUACGGCAAAUCAUUGACCACGGAACAAAAAGAAAUGAUCAUCAAUGUAAAACAGACAUCCAAUCCACUUUACCUGAAAUCACUUCUGGAUGAGGUCCGUAUGUUUGGAUCAUUCAGAACACUGACAAAUAAAAUUUCCGAGUAUUUAUCUGCUGAAAGUCCACAGGAUCUAUUUGCCAAAAUCCUUGAAAGAUUGGAAGAGGAAUUCGAGAAAGGACAAACUCCAAGAAAAGAUCUUGUACGUGAUGCUACCACUGCCUUGUGGUGCUCCAACAGAGGAAUGUCCGAGUCAGAGCUGGUUGAAUUGUUAGAUAUACCAAGUGCUGUUUGGUCUCCAUUCUAUAUAUCGCUGUAUGAGAACUUGGUAAAUAGGAAUGGUAUCUUGAAUUUCUUCCACGAUCAUCUACGACAGGCUGUAGAAAGGAAGUUCCUCCCUACACAUGAAGCUAAAGUCAAAGGUUAUAUGUGUCUCGCUGAUUUCCAUGCAGCUAAGGACACAAGUGACAGAACUGUAGAAGAAUUGCCUUUCUUGCUGACCAAAGCUGGACAAAUGGACAGACUUAAAGAAACAAUUACAGAUCUGGCAGUCUUCUAUAGAUUGUCGGAUAAUGAGGAUGGAAUUUUUGAGUUGAUCAAAGCUUGGAAAACGCUUGGUGGGUUCGAUUUGUCAGAAGAGGCAUAUAUGUCAAAGGUACAAAAGAUACCCAAAGAGGAUAUAAUGCAAAAUUCUACAUACUACUGCAAACUGUACAGUCGAUUGGGAAAUUUCUUUUUGAUCAUUGGAAUUAUGGAGGCAGCAAAAAAGAUUUUUAAAACUCUGAUUAAACAGUUGGAGCUGAACUAUGGUGAAUCUCAUGGGACUGUGGUAUACAAUGUACAUGAUCAUACAUGGAAAUAUCGAUGUAAACACCCGGAUGUUAUUAAGGGAUUACAUGAACUAGGUACUGUGUACAGUAAACUUGGCGAGUAUGAUAAAGCGGUUAGGGUAUACAUUGAUGCUAUAAAUCGUCAGAACAGGGUUAUAACACCAACACAAAAACUACAGUUGUGUGAGGGGUUGCUUGGUUUAUCGACAGUAUACAUUCAGAAAGAAGACAUGUUGUCAGCUAAGAAACUAAUGUUGAGAGCAUUAGAAUUAGCGACAUUUGUACUCGGAAAGAAACAUAAUUUUGUAGCGGCCAUUUUCACAAGGCUUGGUCAGCUUUCCUACAAACAAGGCCGUGUAGAUGAAGCCUUAGCCUAUUGUCUACAUGAUCUGAAGGUGACGAGAAGUGAGGUCGGUACCAAUCAUCCACGUACUGCCAUUGUCCUGAAUGAAAUUGGACUUAUUUACGAUGAUAAGAAUGACAGCAUGGCCACACAGCUUUAUGAAGCCGCAUUAUCAAUUUUUCUGGAAACGUACGGCAAGAAUUUCCUCGGGACUGGGACAAUACGGUACAAUUUAGGAGCGUUAUAUUUAGGCACAAAUCACUUUGCUAAAUCCAAAUACCAGUUUACCGAGUCCUACAGAGUAUAUGUUUUAUUUCUGGGAGAGGAUCAUCCGGAAACUAAAGCCGUAAAGCAGGCGCUUGAUGUCGUUUCCAGUAUGGCAUCAGACUAAUAGAGUGGACCUCAAAUGCGUGAUUUAUCGAUUAUAACACUAUAUAUUAUAUACUAUUUAUUAGCGGUAUCUGUACCUUAUAUUCUACGGGAAAAUCCAGUACAACAUUCUUAAAAAUCAUAUUUUACUAAUAAAAGGACUUGGUAUUUGGCAGUCAACAAUACACAUUAAUUUGAUUAAACUGACAGUAGAAAUCGUAGAUUUCAAGAGACCCUUAACACAU